AUGUCUGAGAAGGAAAUCAAGUACACAAUUGUGCCCUCGGACGAUCUUAAGGAAGAAGCUAUACCAGAUUCUGGUUUUAAUCCUGCUGGUGAACCCAAGCGCUGCGGAAAACGUUGCUGUCUCCGGAAGACCUGGAGGAGGGCUUUAGCUUUUAUUCUUUGUGCCGUCCUAAUUGGACAUCUUGUUUAUGCCGGAGUAUUCCAUUUCUUGUUUAGGAUUUUUGGCACCCCUGGUUCGUGCACGCCUUCCAUUAAAUUAGAAGGGAAGAAUGAGUACUUGUUCGAACCAUCUGAUGUCGAGGGUUUAAUUUUCAGCGUCAAAGGAUUUUCAUCACAAGGGAGUGUUAUUAUUCGUGAAGAUCCUUGGGCUCAGCAUUACAUAAAUGUAACGAAUACGAUUUAUGUCUCGGAAGAUUCUCUUCAAGAUGAAGUCAGAGUAGAAUCAUCCAUAAUCGACAAGGAUGCUACUAUUAAUAUCGUAACUCCGUCCUUUGAUGUAGGGAACAAAUGCGUUCGCGUUGACACCGUCAUUACAUUCCCAUCGAAAGUCAAGUACUUCAGAUCAUUAGCGGUUGAUGUACCUAAUUCUUGGAUCGCUACUGAACGAUUAAACAAUAUCGAUUUUGCGUUUGUCAACCUUAAGACGGCUAAUGGUCAUAUAUUCGCUGACAAACUUUCGUUCACCGAGGGCGAAAUUGCAACUGUAAACGGCAAUAUUCGCGGUCAUUAUGCUGUAGCUGAAAAAUUGGAGAUCAAGAACGUUAAUGGUAUCGUUGAUGUCGAACCCCGUGUUCAUCCAUGGGCAGACAAUGUUGCUAUCGAUAUUCGCUCUGUGAAUGGACACAUUGACGCUCAUGUGCGUGACCUGAGUGAAAACCAAGUCGUUAAAUUCAAGGCUCAUUCUGUCAACGGGGGUAUUAUUAUCACUAUUUCUGAUUCAUUCAAGGGCAGAUUUGUCGCCAAGACAUUUGUCGGAUUUGCUAACGUUGAAGGCAAAGAUAUCACGUUCGAAACAAACAGAAGAACGUACAAGAGUGGCACCAAAGGUUUAGAGAUCGACGAUAGGGAUAAUGAUGAUGACGACGAUGUGUCCAGCGCCACUUUGGAAGCAUAUACAGGAUCGGUUGAGCUGUAUUUUAAAUGA